UCUCCGUGCAAUUCAGCCACCAGUUGCGGGCUUCGCGGCCGCGAAAACGGUCGAGAGGAUAGUUUAGCGAGAAUCGAACUAAAGAAGACGAUACACUUCAAAAAAGAAACAUUGCUCUUAAAAGUAAAUUAAAGUUCCAAUUGCACUGCGAUACUUGAUAAUGCUAUCAGUUUGACGGCAUCUAAUUCGUGUUCGAUCUAUGUCAUACAGAAGUUUAACUCUGCGAGGAAAUUUCUCGUCGAUGUAAGCCGCGAAUGUGUUCACCGGCUUCUCUUCUCACAAAUAAAACGAAGAAACCGGCUGAGAACGAAUGAACACAUUAAUAUGGCGCCUUCGAACGGGACUAUAUGUGGUGGCGAUGGUCGUGAAAAUUCGCGCAUUUAGAAUUUCGCGCAUUUAAUUGGAUCCAGGCACGAACAAAUAUUAUUUAUACGCGCGUAUUGGAUUCAUUAACGAUCCACUUCGAGAGACCAAUGCAUCCUUGGACGGAACGAGCGUCGAUUAGCGCGAGAUCGAGUCACGCUCUUGGACAGUAAAUCCUGAAGAUCCAUAUCCGUGGUAAGAAAAGAAUACGCGCUCGAGGCGGAUGAGCAUGUCGCGAAAAAGGUGAAGUGCACGAGGAACGACGUCGCGCCGAUGAUACUCGACUCGGAAGAGGAAGCCAAUUUGGAUCGAGGCCAAGCCUGAGGGAAUCUCACUGCGAACAUGGAGGAGGAAGAGAGCCUCGGCGAGGCUGCAGGUGACGAUGCUGGCGUUAAGGAACUUCAGGAACUUCGCGACAAGUAUGAAGGCAAGUUAACUGCAUCCCUCUACACCGGAACACUCUGCGUCGCCGCCAUUGCCUCGUUGAUCGCCCUGGGUGCUCUGUGCUUCACCGACUAUCGCGAUCUGUCCCACAUGAUCGAUCUCCUACCUGUGUCGACGUUGACGACCAUGCUUAUUGCCUCUUUGACACUUCUGGUAGUCACGCAAUUGCCCUCGGCUAUGAGCUCCAGACGGUCCAGGAUUCUGAUAGGUCUAACGUCCUCCGUCGUGCUCGGUCUAGGAAUUCUAAUAUUAAAAGGCGUCCUGCCUCUAUUCGUGUGCGUCUUGUCGGUAAUCGCCAUUCUGCCUAAGAUGAGGUUUGAGGCGCCGCUCGUCAUCGGUUGCAUCCUGGUGUUCGUGCACAUCUCCAGAAGAUUCGUCUUCGACGAUCUGCCGGACUACUACGACGUGAUUCAGAUCGUUGUGGAAAUUGUGUUCCUGCUGGCAGCGAUCCUCGCCGGCCUGUACUACAGACUUUUGACGGCGUCGGCUCUUCGCAAAACUUUCUCUGGGACGAAAACCGUGAUCGAGUCGCGGAUCAAGCUCGAAUGCGAGAGGGAGCAACAGGAACAAUUACUGCUGAGCGUUAUACCCGCCUACAUCGCCGCGGAGGUAAAGAGGAGCAUAAUGCUGAAAAUGGCGGAUGCUUGUCAGGAAGCUAAUAAGCACAAGCAAACCACGUUCCAAGAGAUGUAUGUGCAACGACAUAAUAAUGUCAGCAUUCUCUACGCGGAUAUCGUCAACUUUACGCCGUUGUCGGAGCAGCUGUCGGCUUCCGAUCUUGUGAAGACUCUCAACGAGCUCUUCGGCAGAUUCGACCAAAUAGCACAAGACAACCAGUGCAUGAGGAUCAAAAUCUUGGGCGAUUGUUACUACUGCGUCUCCGGGCUUCCAGUGUCCCGUCCGAAUCACGCCUACAACUGCGUAAACAUGGGGCUACAAAUGAUCGACGCCAUCAGGUUUGUUCGCGAGGCCACCGGCUUCAACGUCGACAUGAGGAUAGGAAUUCACACGGGUAACGUGCUGUGCGGCGUCCUCGGUUUACGGAAAUGGCAAUUCGACGUGUGGAGCGACGACGUGACCCUGGCCAAUCACAUGGAGAGCGGCGGUCUACCCGGGAGGGUUCAUAUAACGAAGGCCACUCUGCUGCAACUGAGCGAUCGGUUUGAGGUCGAGCCGGGCGAGGGAGGAUCUCGAGAAAGUUAUCUCGCUCAGCACAGAGUGGAGACCUUUCUUAUAAUACCACCCAAGAAAAGCAGAGAGGAAAAUGAAAUGGAGAACGGCGGGAAUCGUAUACACGGACCUGGACCGGUACCCUCCAGAUCGAGGCCCAGCAGCAAAAUGACCAAGUAUGUGGAAUGUUGGGGCGCGGACAAGCCUUUCGCCAAUAUCGCGGAAGCGACGUUGGCGAAGAAUAUCGGCCUGACGAGCAUCGCGAUGAUCGAGUCGAAUCUACUGGCGAACAAUGCCAGCUGCUUCGACAUGCAGCAUUGGUGCGGCGGCAAUGAAGGGAUAUCGCCUUUUACUUAUUGGUUCAAGGACAAAAAUCAAGAGCAACAGUAUCGAGAGCAGAGGGAUGAGCAGUAUUCUUGGUACGUCGUCGCCUCCAACGUCGUUUACACGAUGAUGUUCUGCAUUCAGAUUAUUUAUCUACCAAGAAGCGUCGUGGUUUACGGUUGCUUCGCAACUGGUCAAGCAUCGCUGAUCAUAUUUGCCGCAAUCUCGUGGUUCAAUGGAAAAAACGAAAGCAACAGUGCCGAAGAAACGACAAAUCAGAUCGCACUCAGUCGUGGUAUCAGGAUAAUGGUCUACUUGAUAACCGCUCUUCUGGCCGUCGCAUCAUCGGUCAUUAGUCUGAACGACGUUGAUCAGAUUAAUCAGACUGUCGACAUCGCACCACUGUACGUAUACUCGACAGUGAUAGCACUAGUGGUCGGUUGGACACAUUUGAGGGUCGGUUUCUUACUUAAGCUGAGCGUAAUGUUCCUAUCCGUAGUCGUAAUACUCGUGGUCUUUUCCCAAGUACCGGUCAUUCAACUUUAUUACGACAAUCCUGGCGCCAAGUUUUAUGAAGUCCAUUAUCUUAUGCAAGUGGGAUACUUGCUGGCGCUCGUUAGCGUAAUACUCCAUAUUUUGGACAGACAAGUGGAAUAUACGUCUAGGACAGAUAUUCUGUGGAAGAGCAAACUAAUGGUCGAACAAGACGAGGUGGAGACCAUGAGAGGCAUUAAUAAGAUUCUUUUGGAGAACAUACUUCCAGCUCAUGUAGCGGAUCACUUUUUAGCUACGAGAGAUACGCAAGAACUCUAUCACGAGAGAUAUAGCAGCAUCGCCGUAAUGUUUGCAUCGAUUCCUAACUACAAAGAGUUCUACGACGAGACCGACAUAAACAAGCAAGGGCUCGAGUGUCUACGCCUGCUCAAUGAGAUCAUUUGUGACUUUGACAAACUCUUACUCAAGCCGAAGUUCUCCGGCAUCGAGAAGAUUAAGACGAUAGGCAGUACUUACAUGCUGGCGUCUGGCCUAAGCCCAGGAAAGGAGGAUGGUGACGGCAAGGAUCCACUGAAGCAGCAAGACCAUAAUGUGAUUGUACUCGUCGAAUUUGCCAUCGCACUUAUGACGAUUCUGGAUCAGAUCAACAGGGAUUCCUUUCAGAGAUUCAAAUUAAGAAUGGGUUUAAAUCAUGGUCCGGUAAUAGCCGGUGUCGUGGGUGCUCAAAAACCGCAGUAUGAUAUUUGGGGAAAUACCGUGAAUGUGGCUUCAAGAAUGGACAGUUGCGGUGAAAUGGGCAAGCUUCAAGUCACCGAGGACACAGCCAAGAUCCUCAUCGACGCCGGAUACGAGCUCGUAUGCCGAGGACCGACAUACGUUAAGGGCAAGGGAACACUCACUACGUAUUUCGUGAAAACACCAUUCGACGAUAAGGAGGACAACUAUUAACAAUCGCCCACAAACCGCUAAGACGGUAUAUGAUAAAACUGUAUUAUGUGGUAGCAAGCAAUCUUUUCUCCGAGAAGUGAAGAGAAUAUCGCUUAAUAUAUCUGAACGUGUGAAACGGAUAUGUUGUCAAGACUAGGCAAUUCCAGAAAUUUUAAUGACUUAUCUAUUAAUGUAAGAUAUUAUUGGAUGUGAAGUUUACUCAUUUACUUUGCAAAAUAAGAUUUUAUCUUCCUGAUAAAGAAAGUAAAUUCUCGGAUGUGAGAAGAGCGACAUUUUUCGAAAAAUUUAUUAUAAUAUUCGUGACAGUUGUGAUGUGUAUAGUUGAAAUGUUGACUUUGUCUUUGCCAUUUAUAUGUUAAAGUAUAAUCUACGCACAAACGAUGCGGAUGUUCGGGAUUAUUACUCCCGAUGUUUUCUUUCUGCACUCAAUCCAAUGUUGACGGAAAAUGGGAACGAGAAAGUAUGUAGUAGCGAUUAUUGUGUUCUUAAAAUAAUUUUAUGAAUUUUAAAGAUAAGACGAACGCUGAUCUCACGCGCAUAUAUCUAAAGAAAGAUACUUCGGAAUCUUUACUGCUGCGAACAAAUCAUUUCAAGCGUCGACUUCUUCCAAUUUUCGAUUUGUAACUAGCGAUUGUGAGCAUCGUUACACCGUACCUGCAAUUAGAUUAACAGUAGCUGUGUAUGUGUAUAUAUAUAUAUAUAUAUACAUACACACACAUACAUACAUACAUACAUACAUACCUGUAUAUGUAUGAUCAAUUCGUUUUGAGAGCUGUGACAUGCUGCUUUUGGGGAAAGUUCGAUCUCCAUCGAGAAGCAACGAGAUCUUAAUCAAAUACCCCAAAUACAUACGAUCGAUGUACAAUAUUGCUUUACACAGCCGACAUUGAUUGCCUUCAUCCACGAUGCAAAGGUAUUGUGAACGUGACUAUGUGAAUAAAGCGAUGGUGAAGUUCACAUUAAUUAUAAUAUUAUUCUCAUCUCUACAAUGAGAUACAGUUGUUUCAUAAAACGAAUCAGCAUUUAUGAUGUUCUUUUUAAUUAAAAUUAUCCAAAGAGAAGUGAACAUCUUAUAAGAUCAACAUUUUGUCAAAUAAC